AUGUCUCUCAUUCGUCGCAUUGUCCAAAACCCGACCUUAUCGAAAGCAGUUCCGGUGGGGAAGGCGAUGAUCCCUUUCCCACUGGGAAGAGACCCUUCGUCACUCCCAAAAAUAAAUCCAAACUGCGACGACAUCGACAUGGAUCGCCGCCCAAUAUCUCUGCGCUACCGAGUAACAGCAAUGCUCGGGCUGUCUAAUCUCGACAAAGCCGUCGAGUACUCUCACCACGCUGUCUCUGAAAAGUAUCGUUUCAAAAGAGACACUGUCUUCAUCUGCAAUUCAGUAAUUGGAGCCAUGUGCGACGCCAAAAGUUACGAGGAAGCCAUCUCUCUGUUCAACUACUUUUUCAACGAGUCUCAAACACUCCCGAACAUGCUCUCUUGCAAUCUCAUCAUCAAAGCUCACUGCGACCAAGGCUGUCUCGACGACGCUCUUGAUCUUUUCAGUCACAUAGUCCUAGACGGACGUUUGUCUCCAGGGGUGGAUACAUACGUGAUACUCACGAAAGCCUUGGUUGAUGCUAAAAGACUCGACGAAGCUUGCGUUUUAGUGGCGUCCAUGGGGCGUUGUUAUUUCAUGGUCUACGACGUACUCAUUCGAGGGUUGUUGGAUGCAGGGAGAUACGUAAAGGCUAGCCAAAUAAUCGAGGAACUGAAGAGUAAACUCCCAUGGAGAGUAUAUCACAUGGCAAUGGCACUCUAUAAGGUAUCGUUGAUGGAGUAUUGGUUCAAGCAAGGCAAAGAUGAGGAAGCUAUGGAGAUAUACAAGGUUUUGGACAUGUCUGAACAGAUGAACGAUAUUGUCGGAAAUAGGGUUUUGCGAGUUUUGGUCGAGCACGGUAAGAAAACAGAAGCUUGGGAACUGUUCGAUGAGAUUAUAGGAUUCUGCUAUCCCGACACGAUUGGUAUAGUGAUGAAGUCUUUUAGUGAUGAAAAGACUAUACCGUUGUCGUGGGCUAGUGAGACGUGUUAUAGGACGAUCAUCGCGUGUCUAUGCGAACAAGGAAAGAUGUCGGAGGCAGAGGAGUUCUUUGCAAAGAUGUUUUCAAACUGUGAGGAAGAGGAAUUGAUGGUGGGACCUGACGUUUCAACAUUCAGAGCAAUGGUCAAUGGGUACGUUAUGGUUGGGAGAGUGGAUGAUGCUUUCAAGAUGUUGAACAAGAUGAAGAUUUCAAAUCUAAGAAAGCUUGCUAUUCAUCGAGCCACAUAA